AUGGUGAAGAGUAAGUUGGGUCUGUCGAUCGCAGCCGUGAUUACGGUCGCCACAGCGCUCACGAUGACCGCGGGCAUUUGCUCGCACAUCGAGAUGAUGCCGUCGCUGUGGGGCGCUGAGCUCUUUCCCUAUCUGGCGCUUGUGGUCGGUCUUGAGANGCACAUCGAGAUGAUGCCGUCGCUGUGGGGCGCUGAGCUCUUUCCCUAUCUGGCGUUGGUGGUCGGUCUUGAGAACACAUUGUGCUUGACCAGUGAUACGGUAGUGGGUGGGGCUAGUGCUGUUGAAGUGAUGGGCGGAGUCAGUGUAGUGAUAGUGGGUGGAGAAAGUGCUAAAGCAGUGGGCGGGGCCAGUGUCAUGAUAAUGGGCGGGGUUAGUGUUUAUAAAUUGGUGGGUGGGGCCCGUUUGUCGGCACCACAUUAG